AUGCUGUUGCAGGUGAUUGGUGCUGCGGAGACAAUCAUCCUUCCCUGUCUGAUUGGGAUUAUCUGUUCAACAGGCUUAGUUGGAAAUAUUCUCAUUGUGUUCACAAUAAUAAGAACCCAGAAGAAAACUAUUCCAGAUAUCUGCAUCUGCAAUCUGGCUGUAGCAGAUUUGGUUCAUAUCAUUGGCAUGCCCUUUCUCAUUCACCAAUGGGCACGUGGAGGCGAGUGAGGCCUUGGCAGCCCUCUUUGCACCAUCGUUACCUCCCUGGAUGCAUGCAGCCAGUUUACAUGCAGUGCCAUUACGACCGCAAUGAGUUUGGACAGGUACAUGCUCGCUCUUGUCCAGCCAUUUCGCCUAACCCACCUGAGAACAAGAUCAAAGACAAUUCGAGUCAAUUUUUGUUUAUGGGUGGCAUCGCUUAUUCUGAUGUUCUCUGCGUGGGUCUACUCAAAAGUAAUAAAGUUCAAAGAUGGUUUGGAAGGUUACGCUUUUGAUCUAACCUCACCUGAUGAUGUUCUCUGGCAUAUGUUUUAUCUUACUAUAACAACUUUCUUUUUUCCUUUACCACUGAUAUUUAUUUGCUAUAUUUUAAUUUUAUGUUACACGUGGAAGAUGUAUCAGCAAAACAAGAAAGCAGGAAAUUACACCACCAGUAUCGUCAGGCAAAGAGUCAUGAGGCUCACUAAGAUGGUGCUUGCUCUGGUCAGUGUGUCUGUGGUAAGUGCUGCCCCAUUCCAUGUGAUCCAGCUCAUGAAUCUUCAAGUUUCUCAGCUGAGCUACUACGUCUCCAUCUGUCUCAGCUACACCAGCAGCAACAGUAAUCCCUUUCUCUACAUCCUGCCUACUGGGAACUUCCAGAAGUGUCUCCGGCGGUGCACAAAGGUGGAAGUCAGGAUGGCAGAACAGGAUGUCAGCAUCAUCGAAAACAUCCUCAAGUCAAGUUUUUGAAAGGAAGGUCCUCUCCCAAGAAAAAUGCAUUAUCUAUGUGUAGAUUUUAUUGGUUGCAAUAGAUGGGCCUGGGUUCACUUCCUUCGUGAAAGUGUAACUCAGAAGUGGCUUUGUUGCUGGAAUUACAUCAGUGUCAAGCUGAUGUAAGAAGAGGACCUACACCACUGUUUGAAAGGUUAGAGCUCCUAGAGGAGGGAUUCACUGCAAAAAUAUUCUUCAUUACUGUGCCAUUGCCUUCUUUUAUGAUAGUUUGUACAUAGAUGAACCAAAUGUAUGGAGACAAAAGUGGAUUUUAAAAAACUGUAGUCCUCUGGUAGUAAGAAGAUAGAAUGACUGUGGCAGGCAUUUGGGAUCUGACACUGUGUGUGAAGUCAUGGAAACUGUAAGUUAAUGACCGAAAGAGACUUAGUUACUGAUGACUUAGAAGGGAGUAACUAUUGAUUUUUAUCCUAUCUACAGCUGUUUCAUCUGGCACUCACUUCUGCAGCUGUUAAAGUCAGGGGAGAGACAAAAAAGGCCCUUUUGGAGGAAAACUACUUUUGAAUUAACCUUUGUACAUAUUUUUGCAAAGAAAGAAGUGAAUUCACAGUGUGCAUCAUUGGAAAUUAUUAAACCUAAGUUUUGAAAA